UUUGACUAUUGCGAUAAAGAUCGACACUUCAGGAUGACCAUCGUACAAACGGCCUCGACACACUUUGUCCUUCUCAACGCCCUUUUAGCUAUCUCAUGCAAGCACUCAAGUCAGACACAGCCCGAGAAAUGGGUUGCUGGAGAUGCCGACGACUACCAAGCUAGAUGUUUGCAAUCAUACAUCCCCGCUCUAGCACACCCGGGGUCGGCACGAGGAUUUACGACUGGAGUUCUGUGCGCCAUCACUAUGAUACUGCGACUCUACGAGGAAAUGAUAGUUCCGUCUGUCGAUGAUCGGCCGUAUGAGCACAUCUUAGACACGAACAUAUUCACUUUGCCGGACUCUUCAGAAGACCCAAACUACAGUCUAUGUCGCGCAUGUCUGCUAGUUGCCAUCCGUCAGGAAAUCUUCAUCUCUUUUGUAGCACGUACUCCUCCGCCCCGACUUGCACACAGAUGCGGCAUCACUAAAACCCUUGAGCCCACAAGCGACUUCGAUUGGGCUUGGCGCAUCAUCACUUUCACUGAAGACGUUUUGACGUUUGCAUACGGCCCAGACGCGCGGUCUACUGCGUCUUGGGAAGAUCUACGUACAUCUCUGCAUCAGUGGAUGGAGAAGAGGCCGGCAUCUUUCAAUCCUCUGUGGCAAGCGGGCUCUGAUCGCGAGACCAUCCCUGAGAUAACAUUUGCCAACGACUUCCAUAUUGCUGGUCAGCAACAUGCCAUUAUCUGCCAGAUAAUAUUACUAACUUACGACCCUCGUAUGCCUGUACUCGGCCUUGACAGGGCUAUGGCUUCAAAAGCUGUUGAAGUAGAGAUCCGGCGCUUGACCCGUCAAAUUUGUGGUAUUGCAUACUCGGCAGGCGAAUGGCAGCCGGCAACCAAAGCCGCGGGGAUGACGGUUGCCAUGUGUGGCCAUUUGUUCCGCAAUCCUGCGGAACAGGAGAAGCUCCUGGAGCUUCUCCCAAAGUCUGAAGCGCACAUGGGCUGGUCACUGUUGAGGCAAGAAGAGAGGUUAAAGGCCUUUUGGGAACGUAACGCAGAGUAA